AUUGGCUAGAUGACAUUCGGCCAGCAGGAACUAUCUGAUCAUAUGAAUUAGACAAUUGGUUGAUAUGAACGCAGACUGUGUAGGGUCCAGCUUGUUUCUCACUUUCAGUUCCCAUUUGUGUGUUGAAGCCAUCGACGUCGCGUGUUUCGGUGAAGCAAUAGGAAAAAGUUAACGUUCAUUACAAACUUUAAGAACCAAGACUCUCAUGCUGUCUUGUUUUCAUGAUGGAGGGAUAUGUCAUAUCAUCUGCGUCAGAGGACAUAAUUCCAAAUGAACCAGAGAGUUAUCGCCCACCUGCAGAGCUGUACCCCUACCUCACUAAUGUGGGGGAGAUUUAUGAAGACCACAGAUGGACUUUCCACUCGGAGCGUGUCCACCCAACAGACUUUGAGAAUUCUCCCGUGAACCACCUCAUUGAGCUUCAGUCCGUGUCUCCUCAGCAACUGGUGCAACCGUAUCGCUUCACCAGCGAGUCUCUGCCCCUUCACCUGGACCCACCACUUGUUCCUCUCUCUGUGUCACCACAGAUCCCGUAUUACACCCCAGCCAUGUGCUACCAGUACCAAGCAUCUGCCUCUCCUGGACGUUACUACUCAGAGGAGGAACAGAGAGGAGUCAGCCCUCCGUUUGAAGUAUCAGAAGGAGAGGAUGAACUAGAAGACCACAAUCACUCCUUCAGGAGGGACACAAGCAACAAGAAGAAAAUCCGCCUGUACCAGUUCCUCCUGGACCUGCUAAGAAACGGUGAAAUGAGUGAAAGUAUCUGGUGGGUGGACCAGGACAAGGGCAUCUUUCAGUUCUCCACAAAACACAAAGAAGUCCUGGCCAGCCACUGGGGUACUCAGAAAGGAAAUCGCAAAAAAAUGACCUAUCAAAAAAUGGCUCGAGCGCUGAGGAACUAUGGUAAAUCUGGAGAGAUUAAGAAAGUAAAGAAGAAGCUCACCUACCAGUUCAGUGAGGAUGUGUUGAGGAACAUCUACUUACGUCAGUAUGCUCACUGAUCAGGGAACAAAGUCUGUCAUCAAGCUGAAAUCACUAAACUAGCCAAGAUUGCUUUUUGUCUGUUUUCAAUUUCACUUUGUUUUUCUACCAAGUUUUCAUAGCUAUUUAUUUGGGACGUUAGUGUAUAUAAGUCUGUGGACCUCUGAUCAGAGAAAAUGUUAAAAAAAAGGGGCCCUCUUAGCUCACUUGGAUUUGCUCGAUUCCUGGAGGCUAAUUGGAGCAUGAUUAUGUUAUUUCCUCCAAUAGACUCAACAAUUCAGCCAACACAGCAUUAUAUUGUUGUUUGUCAUAAUAACAGACUAGAUCAAAUACGUUAAAAAAUAUUUAUCUUAAGGUUUGUCUUAAACUACCCCCAGAAUACUGUGUCUUUACUAUCUCUUUAACCAUAUUAUAAACAUUUGGGCUAUUCUAUGUGAUCUUGUUUUUAUAUGCAAUGUGAUAUUUGUUCACUUCUACUCACUAAGCCCCACCUGAAACAGUUUGAAGCCCCUCUGGAGGCCCGUCUUCUCAUUUUUACAAAAAAACUCUGCUCCAGAGAAUUAACCUCCAUAGACUUCUAUAUUACGGACUCAGAGUUGGUCAAUUAUUGUUAAAAGAAAGUUAAACUUAAUGGACAGCUAAAAAAAAAUGACACAAAUAUCACAAAUGUUUUAUAAGAUCUUUUGUUAUGAAUUGUGUGUAAAUAAAUAUUAUGUUCUAUUAUUA